CCCUUCACCCGGGCUCGGCUCUUGCCUUCUCCACACUUGUUUGAUUUAUGAGGAAUCCAAGAUGAACUUGGAGCAGGAGAGGCCAUUUGUCUGCAGUGCUCCCGGCUGCUCCCAGCGUUUCCCAACAGAGGACCAUCUGAUGAUUCAUCGGCACAAGCAUGAGAUGACUUUGAAGUUUCCUUCAAUCAAAACAGACAGUAUGCUAUCAGAUCAGACUCCAACGCCCACGAGAUUCCUGAAGAACUGUGAGGAGGUGGGUCUCUUCAGCGAGCUGGAUUGCUCCUUCGAGCAUGAGUUCCGGAAGGCUCAAGAAGAAGAGAACAGCAAGCGGAAUAUCUCCAUGCACAAUGCAGUCGGUGGGACCAUGACGGGGCCUGGAGCUCACCAGCUAGGCAGCACACGGAUGCCCAACCACGACACCAGUGUUGUGAUUCAGCAAGCCAUGCCAUCGCCCCAGUCCAGCUCAGUCAUCACACAGGCUCCCUCCACCAACCGCCAGAUCGGGCCUGUCCCAGGCUCUCUAUCAUCUCUGCUCCAUCUCCACAACAGACAGAGGCAGCCCAUGCCGGCCUCCAUGCCUGGGACCCUGCCCAACCCCACCAUGCCAGGAUCUUCUGCCGUCUUGAUGCCCAUGGAGAGACAAAUGUCAGUGAACUCCGGCAUUAUGGGCAUGCAAGGCCCCAACCUCAGCAAUCCCUGUGCUUCUCCCCAAGUCCAGCCAAUGCAUUCAGAAGCCAAAAUGAGGUUGAAGGCUGCACUGACUCACCACCCUGCUGCCAUGUCAAAUGGGAACAUGAACACCAUCGGGCACAUGAUGGAGAUGAUGGGCUCCCGGCAAGACCAGACGCCGCACCAUCACAUGCACCCCCACCCGCAUCAGCACCAGACACUGCCGUCCCACCACCCCUAUCCGCACCAGCACCAACACCCCGCACACCAUCCCCACCCACAGCCUCACCACCAGCAGAACCACCCGCAUCACCACUCCCAUUCCCACCUUCAUGCACACCCGGCACACCACCAGACCUCGCCACACCCACCCCUGCACUCCGGCAACCAAGCACAGGUUUCACCAGCCACACAACAGAUGCAACCAACCCAGACAAUACAGCCGCCCCAGCCCACAGGGGGGCGCCGGCGAAGGGUGGUGGAUGAGGACCCGGAUGAGAGGCGGAGGAAGUUUCUGGAAAGGAACCGGGCUGCUGCCACCCGCUGCAGACAGAAGAGGAAGGUCUGGGUGAUGUCACUGGAAAAGAAAGCAGAAGAGCUCACCCAGACAAACAUGCAGCUUCAGAAUGAAGUGUCCAUGUUGAAAAAUGAAGUGGCCCAGCUGAAACAGCUGUUGUUAACACAUAAAGACUGCCCGAUUACAGCCAUGCAGAAAGAAUCGCAAGGAUACUUAAGUCCAGAGAGCAGCCCUCCUGCGAGCCCUGUCCCUGCAUGCUCGCAGCAGCCGGUCAUCCAGCAUAACACGAUCACUACGUCCUCCUCCGUCAGCGAGGUCGUGGGGAGCUCUACCCUCAGUCAGCUCACGACUCACAGAACAGACCUCAAUCCUAUUCUUUAAAAGGCAGUGGUUAGACCUGGCCUCUGAGAAGAGUUGGGGCAUGCUACACACAUCCUUUCUCCAAAGGGCAUUUUUAGGAUUAACUCAGACCUGGAAGACGCCUCAGCUCUUUCAAAGACUGGCCUUCAUUUUUAUAGUUAUUAUGGAAAUGUUGUCUUUUAUACUUAGUUAUAUAAGAAAAAGGGAGUUAUGCAAUGAAUAUCUAUCAGCUUGGGAAGCCUGUUGGUGCUUUUCUCCAAUUUUCUGGUACCAGUUUCUUGUUUAUAAAUGGAGUCUUUCCUGUAUAUAGCCAUAGUUUCAUUCUUUCCAGUCCAACCCUUUGCCUGGAACAAGGAAUCUUGUUAAACUACAGCUUUUAGCCAAAAUGAGGUAUGUGUAGACGCCAAGUGAGAUGGGUCCACAGUAACUGGGUGAGAAAUCUGAAUGCGUCAUAACUCAUGUUGAGUUCGUGCUGUGAUGUCACCAGAGUCUCAGAUGAACACAUGGGCCGUCCUGAGUUUUUUUCUUGCUAGAAAAAAAGGAACUAUGGUCCACCGAUGUCCCAAGAAAGCCACCAAGCAUGUCAGCCCUCUCCUGCUCUCAUCCACUUGCUCAGAUGUUCAAUAUCCUCCACUCUCACUUCCCCGGGUUCCUCAUUUACUCUUUGUUUUGGCUUUCCUCUGUUUUGCCUUUUCCCCUUUUGCUUUGCAUGUGAAGAAGAAAAUAAUGUCUGAAGAAGAAAAAACAAAUCCUGAAACUGUGGACCUAGCCACUGCUUCACUUGAGUUUAACCCACAGCUGGAGUUCAUUCAACCCUUGCCUUUCACAGAAUAGUAACCAGGAGAUGUUUAAUGUGCCUGAUUUAAUGUUUUUAAUAACCAGAGCAAAUAAAAAGUGGUUUGGUUAUAGGUGAAGCACUAUUGAAUGCCAGCUGUGGAGACACUAGGGAAAGGGACUUUGUAAGCCCCAACUGUGAAAGUUCAAAUUAGGAUGUGGGCUCUGACAUCACACCCUCGAAUUACAACUCGUUUCUAUAGCCUGUCUAUAAUGUUGAAAAAUCCAUGCACUAUAUAAUAGUUCAGAAGGGCUCUGUUCACUACACAGAUUACAUUGUUCAAUCAUCAGCUGCUAAUAGCCUAAGAUUUAUUAUUAUUAUUUUUCCUAAGCCUAUGGAACUGUGCUGUUCUGGUGGGCAAAAUCAGGCUCACUCCUGGAAACAGAGAGGGAGAAAGCAAGGCCAGUGUUUCCGCAGGGUGCUUGCAGUCUAUAAGAACAGACCGACUCUUUGGCUGCCCAUCAAAUUCAGUGGAGGUGGCCAGGCUGUUGCCCUCCAAUGAACAGUUCUGAUUUAUAUUUUCAGCAAUGAACUUGCCCAUUAUGAAAAGCAGAUCAAACCCAAACCACAGUUGUGCCUCCUUGAAACAAGCCAUUCUGCUCUGCUGGUGUUUUAAUAUUGUGUUUCACAAAUAAUAGGGGCUAAUGUUUCUCACUAGCAGCCUAGGCAUAUGCUGGUGUUUCAUCUCUGCCCAAAUACUUCACCUCCUUACCUGUGUGUGUGAGUGUGUGUGUGUGUGUGUAUGUGUGCCUGAGUGUGUGUGUGCGGGUAGGUGUGUGUGUGUGUGUGUGUGUUUAUGAACAGUGUAGGUUUUAAAAGAACAGUAUUUUACAAAAGCUGUCACUUUUAUAAGAGUUCAGUAAAGGAAGGAUGUACUUUUUCGCUCACUAUAGUUUAAAAGAUCUAUUUUAGAGGAAAAAAAAAGAAAAUAUGAGGGCUCCGAAGCAUGAUUUUUGUAAGUAGUUUCAGUUUUAUCUAAUAACUUACUUUUAAAAUCAAUAUUUAUCAACAAUUUUUCCAUGUAUGCUGUGCUUUUGAGAAACAAGUUUGACUGUUCAGUAAAGCUUAAGACUUGGAUAUAUGCCUAAGAUUAAAAAAAAUGCAAAAAAAAAAAAACCCAGCCAAAACAAGAAAAAUGAAAACAGAAGAAGGAAGAUGGGGCACACAAGCUUUUCUAUUGUAUUUUAGGAAAUGGAAGUGUAUCGUUCUCAAGUAGUUUAAAUACGGAAUGCAUAUUAGUAUUUUUUUUCCCAAAUUCUGGCAGUAAAUGAAUGGUUUAACCUAACUGGCUUCCUAAGAAAUGUUUAAUUCAAAAUAAUCUGCAAGGUAGAUAUUCUGCUCCCCUCAAAAGACAAGGGGGUCAAGUUGGAGUGGCAGAACUUUGAAUAAGCAAGACCUUUUCUCUCCUGCCUGCAUGUAUAGCACUUGAAGAAAUGAAUUUCUUUUUGUAAUCCACUAGUAAUACCAUGAUGUCUAGGGAGUGGCCUGCCACUGAAAUGAUGAUUUUUAGUUUCCUCCUCUCCCACCUCUCAACUGAAAUACUUAGCUGUUAAACAGGCAGGCUUUGCAGUUAAGAACUUGCCUGCAUUUUUCUUAAUUCAGCGACAGCUUGACUGAUGUGCAUAAUUUAUAGCUUAAUUAUGUCUGUUUUUUAUGCUAAGUAGGCAAGCCACCACACACAGCAACCCUUUCUCAACAUAUAAUUAGAAUGAACUGCCUUCUUGUUAUGUGCGGGCCUUUAGGUGUGUUUGUUUGGAGCAGGGAGAUACUGCAGUGAGGGUGCCAGCUUUGGGUACUACAGUCCCAAAGAGAAAAACCCUUUUAGGUUAAAUCUAGUUUCCGGUCUAUCCCUAGUAAAGAUCCCACAUAAAGGGUCAGCCUUCGAGGGAUGGCAGAGCCUCCCUGAAAUGACCCUGGCAGUGCCUGUCAUACACUGGCCACCCCAGGACAGCAUCCUUUUAAUGCCAUUAUCUUCUCCUCCCAGCCAGUUGCUGUGUCAGCCAUGCAGACUUUUUGUGAAUCAAUCAGAGGUGACAGCCUUCAGAGUCCCCCAUCCAAAGGAGGAAAGGGGAGUCCCAGCAACACUGCCUCUCCUUACUCCUGUGUGGCUCUGUUAUCACAGGAUCUGUUUCUCAAGUCCCUGCCAGCCUUCUGGGAACUUCUCCAGGCCCUCCCUGCCGAAUGUGCUGAGAGCUGGUAACUUGAGUAUUUCUGCCGGGUGGAUUCUCACCUGGAUUCAGGCAUUGUUUCUCUUUGAUACCUUCCUCAAUCUGUGGUGCUGGGAGAUUGAAAGCCCCAGUCAGACCUGGGUAAAUGUCCUAAUCUCAAAGCCAGAUGUGGAGUUACAUGUGGUUCCCCGGUGACACCAGUCUUCCACGUCCUACCCUUACAUCACCGUGUUAACACAACCUGUGAGAGGCCGGUCUCCUGUGAGCCCUCCCGGUGAGUAUGGUGAGAAUCUGGGUGACUGACUCAGCCUGUGCUCCUUGCAGCUUAUCUAGUCAAUAAAUAAGAUUCAGUGCAAGCUCCGAGAGAGGUGUCAGUGGGAGUGCUCAGGUGACUGUGGCCUGCUAGUAAAGCAAGUUGCAGUGACUUGAAGUUUGCCAUUAAAAUUAUAAACCAACUUCAGUUAAAAAGCAAACAAAAACAAAAAACAAAACAGCCCUUAGCUGGGAUUAUUUUAUUUGAAGCACCAGUAACUACUAUAAAACUAGCCUUCCAGUUAGGGUAGAAUGUCCCUCUCUUUGAGUAAUAAAACCAUCUAAGAAAAUAUAUAUGUAUGUAUGUAUGUGUAUACAGUGGGAUUCAAGGACCAAAGCGAAAUUUGAACAGAAAUCUUAAUUUAGAAUUUAUAAGAUAUUUAUUAAUAAAUGUUAUUUUAAACAUUCCAUUUGAACAGUAUUCUUCUGUAGGGUCUACGUGUCUUGAAAAUGUUAGUCCAUAAUUAACUGCCCUAGAUAGAGUGCCAUUUUUCAGGGUCUUGGAUGGCUAUUUCCAUCACUUGCUGGAAGCCUGUGCUCAGAUCUCUGUGCGUAGACCUUUGGAGGCUUGUUGACUGCUCUGUGUAUUACUGGUUAAUCUACAUUCUGAGCAAGGUCGUUUUCUUUUUAAAACAUUUAUUUCUUCUUUUCAUUUUUAAAGUAAGUGCUUUCAUUUAAGAAGCAUGUUCAACUAAAGGGCGCCAGUGAUCAGAACCAGGACAACUUUCUUAUUUUUUCUUCUCUUUUAUUUAUUUUUUUUAAAUGCCUUCCUCCUCAUUCUCUUCACUGCACAACCAUCCCCAAGAACACCUUGUACUACUCCGCUGCCUGGAGCUCCCGGCCCCUCCCAAACAAUGGGCAGCAGCUUGAGGUCUUUCAAACGCUGUCCCUUCCUAGUAUCUGAAUGGGAAAGGAAGCCGCCUUCUCUCGGUAAAGCCAUGCCUAUGCCACAAUAGUGAUUUAGAACCGCUCUCCUGCUUUUAAAGUUGCACUUUAGCUCUUUGGCCCCGCCCCCUUGCUCUGCUUAUCUGUCUAACCUCUUUCCUGACCUUCAGCUUGCGUUGGCUCCACCCUUUACGAGUGUUCUAUGAGGGCCCUAUGUGGCACCAUUUCAAAUAGUUUCUAAAAAAUUUAAACCAGGUUCAUGUGUAGGCACUCAUUCCUAGCGUGGCUAAGCAGCGCUUCUCAUGGCCUCCUGAAGCCUGCACCAAGAAUGCCAAGAGCCGCCAGUUCACAAUAUGAUUUGGCCCCUUGAUCUCUUUCUCCCUUGCAUAGUUUUGAAAAAUGCUAUAUGAUGCAACAGAUGUGAGGCAACAACUAAGCUACACUUAACGAUUUUCUAUCUCAUCCUCCAAACCAAAGUACCCUGAGUAAGCCAGGAGAGGUCUCCUCUCCAGUGCCAUGGUGCACACUUCGCUGGUGUCCUAGCCAUAGUUUUUAUAAGGCUGCUGAAGCAACAGUGGCCCUGUGCUCUCAUUCCUAGGUCUCAAUAUUACAAUGUUGCCUUGUAGCAUGGUUAAGGACAACCCCUCUGUUUUAUAAUCACAGCCUAAGGAAAGAGCAGAAGACAAAGGAGCAAUAAACUUACGAGUAAAAAUCCAAUACCAAAACACACACAAAGAACUCAAAUCAGUCUAACUCGUCGUGUUGUGACAAUAGAAAUACGUCCGUCUGUUCAAAAGUCUCUUCCUAUUCCUUGUGGAAUUUUUCAGUGAUGUAAUGCUUGUAGCCAAAUUGCUUAAAGAGUGUUUAUAUAUUUUUUCCUUAUAAAUCAUCUAUUUUUUGAAAAAGAAAAACCUAUUUAACUGCAAACUGAAGAUAGAGUAAAGGCAAAUUGCCAGGCUUUGUUCAAACAUUAAUACCAGUAAGUGGCCCUCUGAUGCCUUUCCACGCUUACCAUCGGGAAGGGAAUCGAUAGUCGGCUGCUAUAUUUAAACCAAGUUGAAGCAUCUAGCUCAUUAGAAGUCAGGACCUAGGAAUUUCUUCCUAAGCCAUUUAAGGUUUCCCUGCAUUGGGGUUUAUAUCCUAGAACUUUAUAGGGAUUCUUUGAAACAUAAAAUCAUUUCACCUCACAUCGGAGAAUGUGGGACCUGAAUAAAUUAGCUUUAACUACAUCAUUAAAAUCUUCCACACAAUCAAUGCAUUAGAUUCUCAUUUGCUCCUUUUGAAUGCCCCACACUGCUAAAAUUGCAAGGGAAAGUAGUGGUGCUCCAUGGAGGGAAUCAAGGGAAAGGACCCUUCCCAAGCAGCUGCGGGCAGGAAGACCUGCCCACCCCUUCCUUUCCAGGACCUCUGCUAAUCUCCUCUGCUUCACAGAGAGGAACACUGCCUUUGAAGAUUGUCUCUAAGGGAAAAAAAUAAGCUUGAAAUGUUCUCCAUAGAGAGUACAUAAUACUUGGGAUCUUCUGAAAAGACCCCAAAUAAUGGCUCUGUUCAAACACAAUGUUCUAGGACAAUUGGAAUGGAAACAUUGUCCAAAAAUAUAAUAGAAUAAAAGAAGUUUAGCACUGUGUAAAGUAAGUGUUGACUGAAAAAGUCCCCCCCCCCCGAAAAAGGUGCCGUCACUUUAAGUUCUGGAUUUGGGGUUAUUUGUCAUUGUAAACAGCAAAGCCUUUGUGUUUGUGUGUCUGUCUGUGAAGCAACCACCUUCCAAUUGGAGGGAGAGAAAAAAACCUGGGGGGGGUACAUAUGUGUAAAUAUUUGCUGCAGCAUUUUAAUGUGUUUAAUUUUCUGUUUAGCUUUUUGUUGCAUUGUGAACACAUUUAUUGUUAUCAGUGGACAAUGAGUUCAUUAAGACUGUUCGACUAGGCCAUAUUUUUACUUCUCUUUCUAGCAAGAAGAGACAAGAUUUUGUGCAUUUGUACAAAUGUUAAUAUCACUGCAAUUCCAAUAUAAUAAAGCACUCAAAUGCAA